AUGUUCAUCUCCGUCACCGCUCCCGCAGCGGGAAUCGUCCUUUUGGCGGCCAUUCUCGGCCCCGAAGAGGACAUCAUCCCCUCCCACGAGGACUACUAUGAGAUCAUCUCGCUUCUAAUGCUGCUGUUCUCGGCCAUCAUCGCCCCCGAGCUCCUAAUCCCCGACCGGCGGAGCGGCGUCAUAAACCUCUAUCUCGUCCGCCCGCUCACCGCCAUAGACUACGUCGCGGCCCGGUGGUCCGCUUUUCUGGGCCUUUCUCUCAUCUUGGCCUACUCUGGUCAGGUCUUCCUGCUCUUCGGCUUCCUGUUCACCGCCGGCGAUCCGGUCGACUACCUGCGCGACAACUGGCUCGACAUACCCAAGUUCCUGGCCGCCGGGGCACUCGUUGCCCUCUUCGUGACCACCAUCCCCAUGGCCGUGUCCGCCUUCACCAACCGGCGCGCCUACGCCGCCGCGGUUCGUCAUCGCCGUGUUCGUGAUCUCCCUGCCGGUUACGGCGGCCCUCUCGGCCUCUACGUCGUGCGAAGGUAG